GUAACUGGCUUUUAUGUUACCAUCGCUACCAGCUGACGUAACGGUGGCAGUAUUAACCGAUCAAUACACCGUGAAAAAAGAAAGCAUGGAAGGUGGCCACAACGAUAUGGUCGCGCUAGAAGCCAUCCGUGACGAAGCCUCGAACGACCAGAUUGAUGUAGAGGAAAUCUCGUGUAUGUUUCUUGGAGUUAGAACUCUGCCGCGACGUUGGCUCCUCGUCGUGUACAGCAAUCGCUGGUUUGAGCGCGUUAGUAUGUUUGUCAUCCUAGUCAACUGUGUAACUCUAGCAAUGGAUGAUCCCUAUGAUAGACAAUGUGAGAGCUUACGCUGUCAGAUCUUGCAGAGUAUAGAGCACUUCAUCUUUGCUUUUUUUCUGCUGGAGCUGGUAGUUAAGAUGAUAGCAAUGGGUGUAUGGGGUAAGAAGGGGUACAUGCAGGAACCUUGGAAUCGACUAGACUUCGUGAUCAUAGCAGUAGGAACUGUAGAAAAGUUAAUGGAGGGCAGCGACUACUUGACAAUUAUUAGGGCAUUCAGGGUCCUUCGACCUUUGAGAGCCAUCAACAAGGUUCCAAGUAUACGUAUUUUGGUUACUCUUCUACUCGACACUCUCCCUAUGUUGGGGAAUGUUCUUUUGCUCUCGUUCUUAAUAUUUUUUGUAUUUGGCAUCAUCGCUGUUCAAUUAUGGCAGGGACAUUUGAGGAAUCGAUGUUUUAUUGAUUUGCCCCUAACCUAUCGAACCAAUGAAUCUUUAUUCUACAAGCCGAGCUUUGAUAAACCUGAUUACAUCUGUUCACUUCCACAAGACAAUGGCAUGACGUCAUGCAAUCAUAUUCCACCAAACUAUGCAAACGACAGGACUUGCACUCAAAAUUUCCGCACAGUCCAUCACAAUCACACAAUGAUCAAUAGCAGUGACUGCAUUGGCUGGUUGUAUAAAACGUGUAGGAGAGAGGGACCUAAUCCUUUUUAUGGAACGACAUCAUUUGAUAAUAUAGUGAUAGCUUGGAUAGCAAUAUUUCAGGUUAUUACAUUAGAAGGAUGGUCAGAAAUAAUGUACCUUGUGCAAGACUCCCACAGCUUCUGGAACUGGAUAUACUUCGUCAUCUUAGUUGUGAUUGGUGCUUUCUUUUUGGUCAAUUUGUGCUUGGUUGUUAUUACCAUGCAGUUCCAGGAAACAAAAGCAAGGGAAAUUGAACUUAUUGAAGAAAGUCGGCGUCGUCAAGGGAUAAACAUAUCUAGUAUGCAAGCCUACUCGUGUUUUCAGACUCUUAAGCGUUAUGUACAAGAAUUUUGUUGUUCAAGACAAGCCUUCAAGAGAAAACAAAGUCAAAUUCAUCACCAUCACCAUCACUUUCACCAUCACCACCAUUUUCAUCAUCAUUUGUAUGAUUGCUACACGUCGUCACCUGUACUUUCUCCAGAAAUAAAAUCCAAACCCUAUAUAAUUGAAGUAGAAGAUGAGUCAAGUACAGGGCCUUGCAUUCCUGCAAUCACCAUUGAAAAAGUUGAUGAUGAAAUAUCCGAUCUACAAGUACAUCCCUCCCGUUCUACAUUUCUCUUCCCAAAAAGUGAGUCUGCCGCUUUCUCCAAGGGCAUUUCUAUUCAUACAGAAGCGUCAUCAUCUAUUUUUUCCAAAGAAAUUCUAGCAACAUCGAGCGUUAGUUUGACUGUACCUUCAGGUGCUGCUAAUGCUCAUGCAACUGCCAGUGCAUCAGCAUCUUUACCAAUUAUCAGAAUAAGUCAAGAUCAUGGAUUCGCUGUCGCGGGUACAUCGGAUUCUUCUUCUGCUGACUUUGAAUCACGACCUCGUAGUAGUAGUGACACAUGUGGUAAACGAAGUAACACCGAAGUAGUUACAAAUCAUUCUGUUCAUCAACGACGUCACAGCCAACCGUUUGGUGAUCAAGAAAUCGCGAUGUCAGUCAAAAAUUCUCAAAUAUGUUCUAGAAAGUGGCAGGAUCUUCAAGAACUAGAGCUAAAGAAACUGGAAAUUGAAACCUCGAAACUUGAAAAGGAAUCGUUUAAAAGUAAAUACAGCUUCGACAAAAGGAACGGGACCUCCAGGCUUUCUGAAGUUCCUUCGUUGCAGAUGUACAACAGUAGUGUUCAUGGCACUAAAAGUGGUGAUGACACAUCACAAGAAAAAGGUCAGAAUGUCAGUCCAAACAAUAUGGUAGAUAUUGGUAUUGUUACAGAUACUAGUGACCACAUAGGCGACAACAAUGAGGGCUAUGUAGCUGACACGGAUGAACGCAAAUCUCGUGGAAUUCACACUCGCAAAGAUAAUGAUAUUUACGACAGUAUUUUUGAUCUACGGCAAUGUGACUCUUAUGAUGUUGCACGAAAAAAUGGGCCUUGUAGUCGCUUGCGCAAUUUCUUUCGUAGAUUGGCUGAAAGCAAGCAAUUUGUACACUUUAUUAUGAUUUCCAUACUGGUUAACAUGAUUUGUAUGGGACUGGAGCAUUAUAAGCAGCCCGAAAGAUUAACCGCUGCUCUGGAGCAAUCCAAUAUCAUUUUUGUAAGCAUCUUUUCACUAGAGAUGUUAAUCAACCUGAUGGCUUACGGUUUUACAGGCUAUCUCAGUCAGGUGCAAAACGUAUUUGACGGCUUCGUCGUUGUUGUAAGCGUUGCCGAACUUCUCGUCAACCAAGACUACGCAAGGCUAUCUGUGUUUCGUAGCAUUCGACUACUGCGCAUUUUCAAACUUGUUCGCCCUGUGCGUUACCAGCUACUUGUUAUCCUCCGAACAAUGAACAGCGUAGUGACCUUUUUCGGUCUUCUCUUUCUCUUUAUGUUUGCCUUUUGUAUUCUUGGAAUGAAUCUGUUUGGUGGAAAAUUUUUCUUCUACGAUGCCAACAAUGAAAAAGUAUUAAGGAGAUCCAACUUUGAUAGUUUUUUAUGGGCAAUGGUUACAGUAUUCCAGAUACUUACACAAGAAAACUGGAAUCAUGUCAUGUACGAUGGAAUGAGAGUCACAAAUAAUUGGGCGGCAUUAUAUUUUAUCGCGCUAAUGAUCGUUGGGUACUACGUGCUGUUUAACCUACUUGUCGCUAUACUCGUAGAGGGUUUUACAAACACUGAGGAUACCUUAAUCGCUCAAUCUGAAGCRCGCCGGUCAAGUAUUAAGCAAGGACAGACAAGUAAAUAUUCCAAACAUACCUACAAUCUUCACUCAGACAUGAAACCGAAAGAUUCUGUUAAAAAAGACGUUUUCGAAGAAAAUUGCUCACUUUCACGUGACUCGACAUUAGACUAUUGUGGCCAUGCAGUGCGUGGUGCAGUGUGGUCAAAUCGACAAGCACGUACAAAAGCCAAAAAUUCUCUGGGUAUUCAAAAAAAUUGGGCAGGUAUGAACUCUUGUAAGUCGACUUCAGUUAAUAAAUGUGGGAAAAGUUUUUUGACGAUGCCCGAAUUAAAGCAGAAACGAAAGACCCCGACAAAUGUUUGGGAAAUGACUUUAAGGCUGCCUGGGCGUGAGUCGCGCGAUGUCAGUGACAGAUUAUCUACCGGGGAUUUUAAAUGGAAUCCGUCUUUUGUACCAAACGACAAUGAUAGAAGCUCAGAGAUUGCAAUGAAUAGUGGUGAAGUUGGGCAAUGCUCUUUAACAGAUGASCAAUACUGUCAGUUUAUUCCUAAACACACAACCAGUGCCACCCAAGAAUCUAUCAGAGAAUUUGUCAAUAAUCAAGUGUCACACGAAAACAAGCAAGACUUGAAGACAAUAUUUGACAGUAAUGUUGUGAAGCAACAAGCGACCAGGGAUAUAAUUGCCAUAUCUGACCCUGAAACUGGUGUGCCACAGGCUACACCUCGAUAUAGGAUCACUGGGAGACAGGGUUUCUUCAGUAGCAGAAGAGAAUGGUCAUUGUUCAUGCUCUCUCCUGAUGACAGAUUUCGCACAACCUUGUUGACGAUCUGCAGUCACAAGAUAUUUGAUUACGUGAUACUAGUAUUUAUUCUGAUGAGCUGUGUGGUUCUUGCCAUGGAGGGACCUGGAACAGACAACAAUGCAACGGUCAGAGAAAUAAUCGACAUAUCAAUGCUAUUAUUCACAGUGGUAUUUACUAUCGAAAUGAUGAUGAAGGUAGUUGCCAUGGGAUUCAUCAUCGGUUCUGAUUCAUACCUUAAAGAUGGUUGGAACGUACUUGACUUUAUACUGGUGAUAAUAUCAUGGCUGGACGUCAUCAUAACAUAUUCACCACAAGCGGCUUCGGUAGACGUUUUGGGGACUUUAAAGGUGUUCAGGGCAUUACGCACACUGAGACCUCUAAGAAUGAUUCGUCGUGCACCUGGACUGAAACUGGUGGUACAGACUCUUCUAUAUUCCCUUAAACCUAUCGGCAACACGGUCCUUAUUGCUGCUAUAUUUUUUGCAAUGUUUGGUAUUCUUGGAGUUCAGUUGUUCAAGGGAAAGUUUUACCACUGUGAAGGGGAUAACCACGUGAUUGACCGCGCCCAGUGCCUUAACAGCACACAUGGUCGAUGGGUAAACCGACGUUACAACUUUGAUAACCUUUUCCAGGCUCUAAUUUCUUUAUUUGUUGUGUCGACGCGUGACGGAUGGGUUGAAGUGAUGCACCACGGGAUAGAUGCUGUUGAUAUUGAUAUGCAACCUAAGGUUAACCAUGCCGAGUGGUGUCUGGUGUAUUUCAUCCCGUUUCUUCUGUUGGGUGGCUUCCUUGUCAUAAACAUGAUCGUUGGCGUUGUAGUUGAGAACUUUCAACGAUGCAGAGAGCAGCUUGACGAAGAGCAACAGAAUUCCAAGAAAAAACGCCAUAAAUCAGAGACUAAUUAUAACGAACAAGAUGAUUCUUCAGACUACUCCGUUCACUAUAACGUUGCACGUCGAUGGAUCUACCACGUGUGUAUGCACCAGUACUGGGAUAUAGCGAUUGCAAUCAUCAUCUGUGUAAACGUCAUCUGCAUGUCAAUGGAGCAUUAUCAAAUGGCACCGACUUUCAUAAUUUUUGUGGAAACUAGCAAUUACUUCUUCACCGCGGUUUUUGUGAUAGAAGCCUUACUUAAAGUAGUAGCUCUUGGAUGGUUGCGCUACAUUAAAGACAGAUGGAAUAUCAUCGACUUACUUAUCGUUGUAUUGUCUGUCUCUGGUAUAUUAUUAGAUGAUUUGGUCAAAAAAGAACUGCCUAUUAACCCCACCGUAAUAAGAACACUGAGAGUUCUUAGAAUAGUAAGAGUUUUAAAGCUUGUUAAACUGGCCAAGGGAGUUCGUUCUCUUCUUGAUACAUUGUUUGAAGCUCUACCCCAGGUUGCCAAUCUUGGGCUCUUGUUUUUGCUGCUAUUCUUCAUAUAUUCUUGUCUUGGGAUCCAAUUAUUUGGUUCUCUUGAGUGUUCCUAUGAGAACCCGUGUGAAGGACUUGGACAACAUGCUAACUUUAACAGCUUUGGUUCUUCUAUGUUGACGUUGUUUCGGGUAGCAACAGGAGAUAACUGGAACGGUAUUCUUAAGGAUACUCUGAGGUCUGAGUGCGACGCGUCAGCGGGUUGUAGGAAAAAUUGCUGCAUAAGCAAAUAUACCGCACCGCUGUACUUUGUAACAUUUGUAUUGUCAGCUCAGUUCGUCCUCGUUAACGUGGUUAUUGCUGUCCUUAUGAAACAUUUGAAAGAAUCCAAAGAAAAGCUGGCAGCGACAUUAGCAGCUAAAAACUUGGAAAAAAGACUCAAAUUAUUAACUGUAAUAGCUAAAAAUUUUAUACGUGCAAAGGCUUCACGUAAACCGUCGCCCCCAAUAACCAGAAGACGGUCUUUGGUCGAGCUUAGUUUGGGUGGAAUAGAACUAGCGCAGUUAAAGAAUCACAAGAAGAAGUGGGUGAACGAGUCUUUUGUUCAAGAUGUAGUCAAAGCAGAUACGAUAUUUCAGCAAUUCAUUCAACUAAAUAACAGUCUUAGAAGUGUCAAAAAUUUACGCGCUCACAGGACAACAUCAAACAGUUUGGAACAAAUGUCCAGUGGAUGGGAAUCGGCAAAAACUACAAAAAGACGACAUACACUUGGUGGAAUCUGGGACUUGGAAAUGCACCAAUCCACGCCACAAAACAAGCACAUUGUGUGGAAGUCAGGGUGCAGCCCUUGAUGAAAUAUUUGUUCGACUGCAACUGGCUUACUUCAGCCGGUAAUCUUGUUCAUAGCAGGUUUCAGGAUAAUAUCUGUGUCAUCUAAGAAUAUAAGCCUACUGAAAUUGCUACAAGUUUUGGCGUCUAGUAUACGUUGACAGUURCCUUAGUUGUGGAAAUAUACUUUUCAUUGACAUG